AUGAAUAUUUAUAAGCGCGAUAAAAACUCGGCAGAGGUAAAACUUUUCUGGGAAUUACAAGUGAAAAAACAAGAUAUUCUUAAGGAGAUCAGAUUGCUUGAGGAGAGAUGCAAGUUACUUGAAAAGGAGCAAACCGAAAUGGAGAACAAAAUGUGUCUUGAACAGACCCAACAUAUUUUGCAUGCGACGAGAGAGACCGUAGAUCAAGGCCUUUCACUACAAAGAUCAAUUGUAGAAAAAUUGAAGAAACGUGUGCUGGAUGAGCCAGACCGACAUACCGAAGAUAGUGAUAUAAUCGCAGGAUCUCAUUCUGAAUCUAAUGCAAAGACCAACAUAACUGAAGAUAGUGAAAUAAUUGCGGGAUCUCAUUCUGAAUCUAAUGAAGAGACCGAUACAGAAGUGAUUAACAUAACUGAAGAUAAUGCAGAAAUCGAGAGUCUCACACAGAGGGAUAUUCGCAAAAAAUUACUUGAAGUUUUGGACACAAUCCAAGACAAAGAAAGAAAAUCUAAAGAGGACCAUAUGUCAUCGGUAUACCUAAAUAAUAUAUUGGAUUUGUCCGAUUUAGAAACACGCAGAAGAGUUGAAAAUUCUUUAAAUGAAGAUCAACACGCAUGGCUUAAUACGAUUCUUAAAAAACAAACUUCAGAUCAAACUGAAGCAUUUAAACAAUAUGUUGGACAGUUUAAUGAACGUGUAUGUAAUAGGAAACAAAUCCCAACUUUGGUUCGUAAAUCUUUUAUUUUAGAUAGAUUCGAUUCCUAUUAUUAUGAGGACUACGAUAUUGCUCACCAAAUACUCGAACACUGGUAA